UGAACUAUCAUAACAUAACAGGUUUUUUAUUAGUCACUACAUUUGAUAAUUUUUUUGAUUAAAAAAACUAAAAAUGUAGACAAGACAGUACUUUAUAGGCGCUUAAAAUUGUGACUCAUGGUUUUUGUAAAAAAGCGCAUUUUCAAAAAACGUGAUCAUCGAAAAUUAUUCAUAACGAUAAGGUGCUUUUUUAGAUAAAUUUUAGAUAAUAUUAAACCUGAAAAAUAUGUAAACGUCAGUUACUCAGUUAUCAUUGCUUAGUGUACCUUUAUAAAUUUUGCAAGUGAAUUUCUUAGUUUUUUUUGUUAAAAUGUGUUAGAGUCGUCAAAUAAAAACAUAAUAGGCAAAAUGGGUAAAAACUGGAACAAGUUCAAGCUGUUGAUGUGGAAAAAUUACGUUCUACAAAAACGAAAUUUGGUGCAGACUGCAAUCGAAAUAGUGGCCCCAAUUCUGUUUUCCCUUUACAUUGUCGCUAUUAGAACUCUGACCGAGCCUGAACAUGUCAAGGAAAUAAAAUUCAUCCCGUACGAUCCUCUUAAUUGUCCAUACACAUGGUCAAAUAUCAGUUUGUUGUAUGCGCCUUCAUCGCCUUAUAGUGAUAAAAUAAUGAAGAUUUUUGAGAAACAGUGUUCCGAUCAUGGCAAUUUUAAUGUGAUACAAUUAAAGAAUCAAGUUGAGAUAGAGAGUUAUUACAGAGAAAAUGAGGCAACGGUUUUUGGGGCCAUACAAUUUCCAGAUGAAUUCAGUGAGACCAGCGAUCAUACCGAAAUAACUAUAAGACCCACUGCCGAGUUAAAAAGUGCUAAUGGCCAGACAUGGCUUACGAAUUUAAUUUAUCCGCCCUAUCAGAUGCCUGGACCUAGGGAAGCUAAUAACAAUUAUGGCGCAACACCAAAUUACCAUACUGAAUUCUUUUUGCAUAUUCAAAAACUUUUGUACAGUUCGUUGGUCCUCAACCAUAAAGGCAUCAAUAUUGAUAAUUUUGAAAAUAUAAGUGAAAUAUUGGCCAACACAAAUUUGGCACAACCUGACAUUCAAAUGCAACGAUUUCCUUACCCAGCAUAUAUCGACGAUGUUUUAUUAACUGCACUGAUGAGCAUGUGUGGAGUUAUAAUCAUGUUGAGUUUUGUUUAUUCCGCCAUCAAUAUUGUUAAGGCAAUCACCACGGAAAAAGAAAAACAACUUAAGGAAGCAAUGAAAAUCAUGGGUCUUUCAAACUGGCUUCACUGGACAGCAUGGUUCGUUAAAACCUUCAUAUUCCUUCUAAUCUCCUGCAUUAUAAUGGUGUUCCUCUUCAAAAUAAGAGUAGCAGAAACGUCCUUGUUCCCUCACGGGGACCCAUCCGUGAUGAUAGUGUUUUUGAUUUUCUACAUCAUGGCAGUUAUAACCUUUUGCUUCGCAAUCAGCGUGUUUUUCUCCAAAGCCAACACGGCCGGUACCGUAUCUGGGUUGCUAUGGUUUCUCUCUUAUGCCCCGUACAUGUUCUUGCAGGAAAAUUACGCAACUUUGAGCUUGUCGGCGAAGUUGUUCGCCUCGUUGGGCGCCAAUACUUGCAUGUCAUACGGAUUUCAGAUAAUGUUAAUGUACGAAGGAACGCAGGAAGGCAUACAGUGGUCGAAUGUUUUCAAAGGUGUCACGCCCGACGACGAUUUAAAUCUGGGCUUUCUGACUGGGAUGCUCAUAGUGGACAGUAUCAUAUACCUCCUUAUAGCGUUGUACGUUGAAAGCGUAUUCCCUGGGGAGUUCGGCGUGGCGUUGCCAUGGUAUUACCCCUUCACGAAGUCCUACUGGACAGGAAAUCCUGUUAAAGUCCACUCGAGCUACUCCGACGAAGUCCUCGAUGACACCUUAUUCGAGAAGCCGCCAAGCAACUUGGAAGCAGGUUUGGAGAUAAAAAAUUUAAGGAAAGUCUUCGCCCAAAACACAGCAGUCAAUAAUCUCUCACUGAAGAUGUAUAAAGACCAAAUAACAGUUUUAUUGGGUCAUAACGGGGCGGGUAAAACCACGACAAUGUCGAUGCUUACUGGUAUGAUAACACCAACCAGUGGUACAGCGGUUAUAAACGGUCAUGAUAUAAGAACCGACAUGACGGGCGUGCGCGAUAGUUUGGGGUUAUGUCCGCAACACAACAUAAUCUUCGAUAACCUCACGGUCAGCGAGCAUUUAUAUUUCUUCAGCAAGCUUAAGGGUCUCGACGAUAAGGAAGUCGAGGAGGAGAUAAAUAAAUACAUUGAACUUUUGGAGUUGCAACCGAAGAAAAAUUCCAGAUCCAAAACGUUAUCAGGGGGUAUGAAGAGGAAGCUUUGCGUUGGUAUGGCCCUAUGCGGGAACUCCCAGGUGAUUAUGUUGGACGAACCCACUGCCGGGAUGGAUCCUUCAGCUAGAAGAGCUCUGUGGGAGUUUUUGCAAUGCCAAAAACAAGGAAGAACCAUUCUUCUAACCACCCACUACAUGGACGAAGCUGAUCUUCUAGGAGACAGAAUAGCAAUUAUGGCCAAUGGGGAGCUGCAAUGUUGCGGUUCGAGUUUUUUCCUAAAAAAGAAAUAUGGCGCUGGGUAUCACUUGAUAAUGGAGAAAUCCAAGGAGUGCAAAUCUUGGGAAGUGACGGCAUUGUUGAAGAAAUACAUUCCAAACAUUGAGGUUGAAGGAGAUGUUGGAUCCGAAUUAACAUAUUCAUUGGAAGAAGAACAGUCGCAAGUAUUUGAAUCUAUGUUGAAGGAACUGGAAAAUAAUUUUGAAAAGCUAGGAGUAAGGAGUUAUGGAAUUUCUCUCACCACUUUGGAAGAAGUGUUUUUAAAGGUAGGAGCCGAUCAUAUCCAGGAAUCAAAUCAAAGUGACACAGAGUCUACAAAGGACAUGAGAUUGGAUAUUCCAAGCUCCCCCAGCACCAAACUGACAGGUCUUUCCCUGAUGGUAAACCAAAGUUAUGCCAUGCUCAUGAAAAAAUUCCUCUCUGCUAUAAGGUCUUGGAUUAUGCUUUUUCUGCUGUUAAUAUUACCGGUGAUUUUCUUGAUAAUCACAAUGGUAAGCGCUAGAACGGCCGGAGCGAAAAUUGAGUUGUCAAUGUUGAAAUUAAACAUGGAUAAAUGGAAAAAAUCUUCUGUGCUAACGGAAGGUCCGAGUGAUAACGCCUAUUUAACCCAGUACAAAAAAUGGUCUGGGAACAAUAUGAAUUUCAUUAAUGUUGCGGAUAUCGAAGCUGAAGCCCUUCAAAAAAGAAAGGAUAUUCCCAGCACUUUCAGAUAUUAUUACAUAACUGGUUUAAAAUAUUUUAAAGAUAAUGAUAAUGAAAACUUGACCGCAUACUUUAACAACGAUGCCUAUCAUUCCCCUGGUAUUGCGUAUAGUUUAAUUUUAAAUGCUGUUUAUUCUGCUAAAACUAAUAAAACAUUGUCAUUUAAUAAUUUUCCUCUGCCACCCACAAGCGAAACACAGAUAAAAGAAGCAACUGCUUUUAGUGCUGUAUCAUUUGGUUUGCCCUUCAACAUAGGAUUUAGCAUGUCCUUUGCAUGUUCAAUCUUUAUAAACUUCAUCAUAAGAGAACGGGUCUCAAAUUCCAAACAUCUACAACUGGUUUCGGGCGUGAAGGCUUUCAUCUUUUGGAUUGUUACAUUCGUUUGCGAUUACAUCAUAUUUUUGUUGAUGGUUGUUAUGUUGAUGUUAACCUUGUUGUGUUUCCAAGAAGACGGGUUCACCAGUGCGGAAGAUUUGCAGAGAUUUAUAAUUCCUUUCAUCCCCUUCGGGUUCGCUUUGCUGCCUUUCUUGUACUGGGCCGGAUUUAUGUUCAAGACCCCGCAAAGCGGUUACACCAAAAUAACCAUGCUUUCGGUUUUGCUGGGUUGCAUAGGAUACAUGGUUGUAAAGGUGCUGUUGGUGCUUUUGGAUGAAGAAGCUUGGAGUGAAGGUUUGGGCUACGUGUUCCUGUUGAUUCCGCAUUAUGCCUUGAUGUGCGCCAUUGGAGAUGGCUACUCCAUAUACAAAACAAAUAAGGUUUGUGCAAUGUACACUGAAGCAGGGGCUGGCUCGCCGGCUGGCAGUUGUCCAGAUCCACCAGAUACAUAUUUCCAAUGGACCAUCCCAGGUAUGGGAAUGAACCUUGCUUAUUCCAUGAUUUCUGGGUUUGUGAUGAUGCUCGGACUUAUCAUAUACGAGUACAAAAUACUGACAAACGUGGUAUACAAGUUAAAGCUAAAAUAUUUCAAACACCUACCAACCAUCGAAGAUGACAUGGAUAGCGAUGUAUUGGAGGAAAAAAGGGUUAUUAGUGACAAACCAAUUGAUCAACUCAAAAACGAGUACACGUUCGUAAUGAAGGAUGUCACAAAGUAUUACGAUAAUUUACUUGCUGUGAACGGGUUGUGCUUGGGAGCUAAAAGCCAUGAAUGUUUUGGACUACUAGGUAUAAAUGGUGCAGGUAAAACCACGACAUUCAAAAUGAUGACUGGAGAUAUAAAAAUGUCUCACGGUGAUGCCUGGAUAAACGGAUACAGCAUAAAAAGCGAAAUCAAGAAGGUGCAAAAGUACAUCGGCUACUGUCCUCAGUUUGACGCUCUUUUGGACGAUUUGACCCCGAGGGAGACCAUCAAAAUGUUCGCGUUACUCAGAGGCAUCCCCAAGCGAGAAUGCGACUUAUUGGCCGUCAAACUGGCGGAAGAUUUCGACUUCACGAAACACAUCGACAAGAAGGUUAAACAGUUGAGCGGCGGGAACAAAAGGAAGUUGAGUACGUCGGUGGCGUUGAUAGGAGACCCGCCGAUAUUGUAUCUGGAUGAGCCCACAGCUGGUAUGGAUCCUGCCACCAAACGGUUCUUGUGGAACUCGUUGUGCAAGGUGAGAGACAGCGGUAAACUUAUAGUGCUAACCUCGCAUAGUAUGGAGGAAUGCGAGGCAUUGUGCACGAGGAUAGCCAUAAUGGUGAACGGCAAUUUUAAAUGCCUGGGUUCGACGCAGCACCUCAAAAGCAAGUUCGCUAAAGGCUACACGAUAACAAUUAAGGUGAAAAAGCUGGCUAGCAGCCACGGGGACAACCACUCCGAUACGGCUCCCGUGGAAGGGUUUAUCAAACAAAAUUUCCCCAAUGCCACUGUAAGGGAGCGACAUCAAGAAUUGCUCACGUAUUAUUUGACCGACACCGUUUUACCUUGGUCGCAAAUGUUCGGUAUUCUAGAAAAAGCUAAGCGGGAUAAAUCGCUGAAUAUCGAGGAUUAUUCCUUAGGACAAUCCAGUUUGGAACAAGUGUUUCUGACAUUUACUAAACAACAAAAGGAAGAUAAUCUGCUAAAAUAAUAUUUAUUCCAAAAAUCUCUGUUUUAAAAUGUACAGGUCGAGUAAAUUAAAUUACAUCUACUUAAAAAUAUUAAUUUAUAAUUUCACAAAUAAAAUAUAUUUUAAGCUAAAUUGUAUAACUAAUUGU